UGACAGAACAACAGCAGGCCCAGCAGGAGGACGGACGUCAAAUUUUAUUUCUAAUUUAAGGCACAACAUUUUCAACUUGAUCAAGCUUCAAAGAUGCGUCUUACCUCGAUUUUGAACGGCGCCCACUUUGGCAACCUUGCCAAAGUGCAUGGAAUUGUUACCUACAAGCUGUCACCCUUCGAGCAGCGCGCUUUUGCCGGUGCCAUCAGCAAGGGCCUGCCCAACAUUGUGCGACGCAUCCGCUCCAAUAUUUUUAUUGUAGCCCCCCCCUUCAUCAUUGGCUACCUCAUCUACGAUCUGACCGAGCGCCGCCAUACCGCUUUGUUGCGCAAGAAUCCCGCUGACUUUGCAAAUGAUGAAUAAAUCAACCAUUAGCUUACAUCCAUCUAGCAAAUACAUAGUGAUGUGAUUACAAAUGAAGAUAAAAAUAAACUAAUUAAUAAAACUAAUCCCAUUCACUGUUAAA